AAAAUCAUUGGCCAACUUCUAACACUUGCACAGCCUACUAAUUGGCCGAGCUGCGUGAUCUCUGGGAAAAAAUGCCAUGAAACCACGCAGUGUGUCGUUGCUUAUCAGCUCCCGCUUUUGACUUCCACAACCUCUCUGCAUACUCUGCUUGCUUUGGUCUUCGUCUCUCUCUCCAAACCCAUGUCUGCUGCGCAAGACCUCGACCAAAUAAUGGAAUAGGGUUUCUCUAUUCUUUCCCAGGUAAACAGAUUCUUCAACUCAAAUUCCCGAAGUUUCAGUCUUUAUUUCCUCAAUUUUCACCAUAAUCCAAUUGGGUUUCUUCAAUAUUCUGAAUUUCAAUACCAUGGAUCCGGGUUUUUCUCAAUUACCCAGUUCAAGUCUCAGUUCUGGUGACCAGACCCUUUCACCCAAUUUCAGUGAGUACCCAAGUAGUGACCCUUUUGUAGAUCUUAGCUUUUUGGACCAAAAUCCCCGUAACUCUGCUCUGUCACCGAGCUUGAGCCCUGAGGGAGAUGACAGUGAUUACUCUGAUAGCGUGCUCAAGUACAUAAACCAGGUGCUUAUGGAGGAGGACAUGGUGACAAAACCUUGUAUGUUCCAUGACCCUUUGGCUGUCCAAGCCGCUGAGAAAUCUCUUUAUGAGGUUCUUGGUGAAAAGUACCCACCUUCCCCAGACCAACACCCUCUUAAUAUUGAGAGCCCAGAUUGUCCUUUUUCUGUAACUUUCAGUGACUUUAGUGCCAUUAACAGUUCUAGUUCUAGUACUAGCCAUUCGGUCGAUUCUCGGUGGAGUAAUGCUGAUGUUAUUGAGAAUAAGCCCUCUAUAUUGGAAACCCCAAUUCCUGAUAACUUUGUUUUCCAGUCCACUUCAAAACCUAGGUCUCAAUUGUCGUCGAAUGGGUUGGUGGGUUCUUACAUGAGUGAGCUUAUGGUUUCUAAUUUGUUUAGUGAGAGUGAAUUGGUUUUGCAAUUUAACAGAGGGGUAGAGGAGGCCAGUAAGUUUCUUCCUAGAGGUCAGUUGAUUGUUGAUAUAGAGAACAACAAGCCCUAUACAGUGGCAAGUGGAAAGGCUGAAGAUGUGGUGGUUAAGACCGAGAAGGAUGAUAUCGAGCUUUUGGCUACAAGUUCAAGAGGAAAGAAAAGUCAUGAGAGGGAGGAUACAGAUUUGGAGGAUGGGAGGAGCAACAAGCAAUCUGCGGUUUAUCUGGAGGAUACGGAGGCUGAGCUAUCAGAGAUUUUUGAUAAGGUGCUGCUCUGUGGUGGGGGGAAAGCAGAGCCUUUUUUGUGUGGAGGUGAAGAAAUAUGUCACGAUGAAGCAAACAAGGCCCUGCAUGUUGGAACUGGAAAUGGGAAGACUCGUGCCAAGAAAAAGGGCGAUAAGAAGGAAGUGGUUGACUUAAGGACUCUUCUGAUCUUAUGUGCGCAAGCUGUUUCUGCUGAUGAUCGUAGGACUGCUAAUGAGCUACUAAAGCAGAUUAGGCAGCACUCUUCCCCAUUUGGUGAUGGCUCUCAGAGGUUGGCCCAUUGCUUUGCAAAUGGCCUUGAAGCACGGUUGGCUGGCACUGGAACUCAGAUAUAUACUGCUCUAUCUUCUAAAAGAACGUCAGCUGCUGAUAUGCUGAAGGCUUACCAAACUUAUAUUGCAGCCUGCCCCUUCACGAAGGUUGCGAUAAUCUUUGCAAAUCAUAUGAUUUCGAAAUUAGCUGAGAAUGCAGAAGCACUUCAUAUUAUAGAUUUCGGCAUCCUUUAUGGUUUUCAAUGGCCUGCUCUCAUCCAUUGCCUCUCAAGAAGAGCUGGGGGGCCUCCAAAGCUACGCAUUACUGGAAUAGAGCUUCCCCAAAGUGGUUUUCGGCCUGAAGAAAGAGUCCAAGAGACAGGGCAUCGGUUAGCAAAGUAUUGUGAGCGACAUAAUGUUCCUUUUGAGUACACUGCCAUAGCAAAGAAAUGGGAAACCAUCCAAAUUGAGGAACUCAAAGUUACAAGAGAUGAAGUGGUUGCUGUGAAUUGUCUGUUCCGGUUUAAGAACCUACUUGAUGAGACAGUUGCGGUUAAUAGUCCAAGGGAUGCUGUUCUAAAUUUAAUUAGGAGGAUGAAUCCUGAUAUUUUUGUCCAUAGCAUUAUUAACGGAUCCUACCAUGCCCCCUUCUUCGUCACACGCUUCAGGGAGGCACUGUUCCACUUCUCUGCAAUGUUUGAUAUGUCUGAUACCAAUUUACCUCGUGAAGAUCCGAUGAGAUUGAUGUUUGAGGAAGAGUUCCUUGGACGUGAGGUUGUGAACACAAUAGCUUGCGAGGGUUCUGAGAGAGUUGUGAGGCCUGAGACAUAUAAGCAGUGGCAGGUUCGGAACAUGAGGGCUGGGUUCAAACAGCUGCCAUUGGACCGUGAACUCAUGAACAAAUUAAGGACGAAAGUGAAACUGGGGUACCACCGUGAUUUUGUGGUUGAUGAAGACGGUAACUGGAUGCUGCAAGGAUGGAAGGGCAGGAUUAUCUACGGUUCCUCCUGUUGGGUACCAUCUAGGACUUGAAAUGCAUGUUUGUUAGAACUGACAUACACAAAUAGGCAGGUACCAGUACUGUCCAACCUUAAAUGUAACCAUGUAUGUUUGGGAGCUUGGACAACCGGAAAUUAACUGCUGUAGUUCUAUUUAGAUAGGUAGAUAGUAUUGCAUUUUGCACCACCACUGUCUAGGUGACAUUGUGCUGGCUAGGUUUUCGUAAUUUCUAGUCUGUUAGUUUCACCUGGACUUGCCUGGAGUCAGAAUCCUCCACUGUAUAUAGACCAUUUGGGGUAGAUCAGCAGGCGCCUCCUAUGUAGCUUAUAUGUAGUCGAUGAAAAAAAAAAAGGUUGAUGCAAUGAUCUUGCAUUGCCAUAACUCUAUUAGAAAGAUGGUUCAUGAACUAUUGUAAUGUUGAACUUUCUAGUUUUCUUUUCA